UCUCUGUGCUGAUCUGCAACUGUAAUUUUAAUUUUAAUUUCUUUGAUUCUUUUUAUUUAAUGUUUAGUAGUGACUCUGGAAUUUAAAGCAACAAUGUCUGGAUCGGAGACCGAAUCAGAGACGGGACUGAUAACAGAAAUUAUCCAGGAGCUCUUAGACGAGGACCUCGACAUGGAAAUCUUAGACGUGGGGCAACAGAAAAGUCCGGUGACGCCACAGCCGGCUCCACUGAACAUGCUUUUACCCUUCAGUGACGAUGGCACAGCUGCCUACAAACCUGUGACCAAUGCUACCUCACCUACCUAUCAAGCUCCGUCCAAUGGAGGAGGAGAUGGUGUGGAAGGAUUUAAAGAAACAAUGUCAGGAUCGGAGACAGAAUUGGAGAUGGAUUUGAUGACAAACGCUACCGGGGAGCCCUUAGGCGUGGGAAUACUGAAAAGUCCGGGGACGACACAGCCGGCUCCACUGAACAUGCUUUUACCCUUCAGUGCCGAUGGCACGGCUGCCUAUAAACCCGUGACCGCUGGCACCUCACCGUCCUACAAAGCUCCGUCCAAUGGAGAAGGAGGAGGUGUGGAAAGAAUUAAAGAAACAAUGUCAGGAUCGGAGACAGAAUUGGAGAUGGGUUUGAUGACAAACACUACCGGGGAGCCCUUAGGCGCGGGAAUACUGAAAAGUCCGGGGACGACACAGCCGGCUCCACUGAACAUGCUUUUACCCUUAAGUGCCGAUGGCACGGCUGCCUACAAACCCGUGACCGCUGUCACCUCACCGUCCUACAAAGCUCCCUCCAAUGGAGAAGGAGGAGGUGUGGAAGGAAUUAAAGAAACAAUGUCAGGAUCGGAGACAGAAUUGGAGAUGGGUUUGAUGACAAACACUACUGGGGAGCCCUUAGGCGUGGGACUACUGAAAAGUCCGGGGACGACACAGCAGGCUCCACUGAACGUGCUUUUACCCUUCAGUGACGAUGGCGCAGCUGCCGACAAACCUGUGACCACUGCCAUCUCAACUGCCAACCAAGCUCCCUCCAACGAAGGAGGAGGUGGUGUGGAAGGAUCAACCAGCGGAGCUGCAGUCUCACCCCAUGGUAUUAUUGCGAACAUGAACAUGAAAAACAAGGGGAGUGUGUCUGGAACUCUAGAGAAGAAGAAGAGAGGUAGGAAGAGGAAGUACGGUCCAGGUGGCACUUUGGAAUUGGCUCUUGUAGCCGCAUCCCAGUCCGUAAACCAGACAACUGUAGGCGUUUCCCCUUCUUCUCCUCAUCCUCCUCCUCCUGCAGGUGCUGCUGCUGUUACUAGUCCUCAUGCGGCAGCAGAAUCAAUCUCGCCCACUGGGUCCAAGAAAGCGAGAGUCAGACCAUGUGCUUCUAAAAAGAAGCAGCAACAUGAGGGGCUGGGUUCAGCUCGGGCUGGAUUUAGAACACAUGUUAUCAAUGUGAAAGCUGGAGAGGAUGUAACAUCAAAAAUAAUGUCAUUUUCUCUGCGUGGUCAAAGGGAUAUUUGUAUCAUGUCAGCAAAUGGCACCUUAUCAAGUGUUACUCUCCGUGAACUAGCCAUAUCUGGUGGAACGACAACAUAUGAGGGGUUAUUCCAAAUUUUGUCGCUGUCUGGUGUAUUUCUGCCAUCAGAAAAUGGAGAUAAAAGAAGCCGAACUGGGGGGUUAAGUGUGUCUUUAUCUGGGCCAGAUGGUCGUGUGCUAGGUGGUGGCGUAGCUGGUCUUCUAACUGCUGCAUCUCCCGUUCAGGUACUUGUGGCAAGUUUCAAGUCAGAUGGUCGCAAGGAACCCUCUGCAAGGCUGUGAAGUUACAGAAAUGCUCAUGCUUAGGAUUUAGAAUAAGAUGAGAGGCUUGACAUAUGUCAUUGUUGUUAACGCCUUUGAUGUCUCAGCCUUGAUUAUCUAUCAAUAAAGGUCAUACAAGGUUUUUAUUGAAGAUGUUUGCCCUAUGCUGCUUAUUCAAAAUCUUCAUUAAUUUUCUGCAUAA